AGUUGACAGCAAAAAGAAAUGACAGAAAGGAAGAUAAAAGGGUUAAGACUGCUUACAGAUUUUAAAAAAGCAAUGUUGAAAGACUAAGACGAUAAAUGAAUCAAACAAUUAAAAGAUCACAAAUAUAAGAUAUAAAAAUAUAGAAAUGUAAAAUAAUAAAAACCUGCAAGUGGUACUGCCAGAACAAUAAUAAAAACAUCUGGAUUAAAACACGCUCAGGUGGCAUAAAAGCAGAUCAAUAAAAAUGUGUUUUUAAAAGAGAUUUAAAAGAGGAUAAAGAAGUGCUCAAAGCAUCUCAGCUGCAAAUCAAUCAGUCUAAAUAGUCAUUUUUAUACCAACAAGCCCUGAAUCCUGGAAACAGAUGAUGCAACACAAAGAACAAUGUUGAUCUGAAUUAAAAAAUAAUUUACUUGUAGCAGGCUAAAAUACUUGAAAUUGGAGAACACUUUCGUAUUUGUCACUUUUUCAGGAAGGGUUGUGAGGGUGAAGCAGGUCAGUGAGAUAGGAGGGGGCCAGGUUAUGGAGGGCUUUGUAAGUCACGAGGAGGAGUUGACCGAUAUCUCAUCUUUAUUUCAUGAAUGUCAUAAAGUAGUCACUUUUACACAUUAAAAUCUUCAUCCUACUCAUAAUAAUAGACGGAAGAUCAAGACAGCUGACAGUAGCCUUGGAUUUUGCAUAAAUGCAAAUUAAUUACAUUUAAUAUUGAACCUUAUUAUAGAGUAAACCUCCCUGUGAAUUCACCUUAUUAAUUUCUUUGAAAUCCGGUCCACACAGAUACUUUAACUGACUUGCUUGCAAAUACAAAUCGAUUAUCUGCAGUAUAUUACUCUGGCUGGUGACACUGAUGAAUGCAAAGGUCAAAGAUAAGACUCAUUACCCAUAAGGACUCAUCAUUCAAAGGUUGAAUAAUAAAUCUUUGAAGCAACAGGUCAGCCUCUUGUUCUGCUGUUUUGAUUUGAACGUCUUGUUGAUACAAAGCCAGCAUGCUGCUCUGUGCGCUGUUUGCUGCCUUUAUAUUUGUCACAUGUCCUGUGGGUGCCCACCCACCGAGCGAAGAAGGAGAAGUUUUCAACCAGGAUGUCUUUGGAACAGAUUUCCUUCAGCAUCGUCUGCAUCCUCAGUUCAGCUGCCCUGACAUGAGUCCGUCUCCCUCUGUCCCCACGUCAGUUGAAUUUGUCAAAGCUGCGGACGUCAAAGUCAUUGCUGCACUGGGAGACUCUUUAACCACAGCUAUUGGUGCCAACGGUUCGUCAAUACUAGCGAUCCCUUUUGAAUUUCGUCAGGUGUCUUGGAGCAUCGGAGGAUACGGGACUUAUCAGAAUGUCAUAACACUGGCAAAUAUUUUCAAACUCUUCAAUCCCAAACUGCUGGGUCCUUCACCUGUCAUGACUUUCCAUGGCAGCCCGACUACUGUCAAUGAGACUGGAUUCAACUUUGCCGUCACCGGACACAACACUCUAAAUGUCUCAGAUCAGAUCAGACACAUGAUUGACACGUUCAAGUCCUAUCCAGGUCUGAACUUCCAAGAGGACUGGAAGGUGGUGACGAUGCUGAUCGGAAUGAACGACAUCUGUGAUUACUGCAAAGACAAAGUCAGAGUUUUAAAGUGUUUGUUCUCUUCUCUCUUCUCUCCUGAUAACUUCAUCCACUACAUGACAGAAGCUCUGGACAUGAUGAUGAAUGAGAUCCCCAGGACGAUCGUGAACGUUGUGCAGAUCCUUCAGAUGAGGCCCCUCCGAGAAGUUCAGAGACCAUCUCUGGGGUGUCAGCUACAAAAGAGGUUCUGCUCUUGCCUCGUCCAACCCCAAGACAAUUCCACUGAGCUGGAGGAGCUGGUGGAGAUUAACAAUGAGUUCCAGACGAGAUUAGAAAAGAUUCUUGACAGCGAUCGUUUCUUCAAAAAGGACUUUGCCGUCAUUCUGCAGCCUUAUUUAGAGAAAGCAGAACCACCAAGACUUCCCGAUGGGACUAUUGACUUGAGCUUCUUCACUGCAGAUUGUUUCCACUUUACUGUUAAAGGACACGAGGAGCUGGCAAAGGGGCUGUGGAACAACAUGUUCCAGCCUGUUGGAAAGAAAGACAAAAUAAACACAUUUUCAGAAUCGGUCAAACUCAUCUGCCCGCCAAAGGAACAUCCAUACAUCUACACCAGACCCCGAGUUGAUUCUUCUGCAGCGAGGCUGAGACAUGUGGGUGCAUUGACACUGAUUCCUCUGCUCCUUGUGUUUAGUAUUCUGUAAAUUAUCAAGCAGAGAUGCUGACACUGUGUGGGAUGAGGGUUUGAUUUCCCAUGAAGCCUCAGCCGUGGAAACAGGGAACUUCUAUUUGUGUCAAAGACUUUUACCAAAUCAGGAGAAUCAUUUGAUUGUUUAACAAUGGGUUAUAAUAAACUACAUAUUCAUGAUGAAA